CCUGUUUUACACCCAGAAGUGCCUGGUGCUGCCACACCUUCCCACGGUGCCCGGGCAGGCAGUGCUGACUCCAGCACUGGGAGCACUGAGAGCACUCUUGGCCUCGCAGGCCAAGCUGGGAGGAAGGAAUUGGCCUUGCUGUGCUGGGAAGACUUUGAGAAACUCAUCCUCCACCCAGUUUUCGAGAAGCAGAAGGGAAUUUCUCUUGGCACGGGAGCACGGACGGGUGUCCCCGAUGCGCGGCCGCGCCUGGGCGGGUGCUGUGCUCGUCCUCGGGGCGCAGCUCCCAGCACUUUGGCUGGCAGCAGCAGUGGAAGUUUACACCUCGGAGGAGGUGGUUGCUGUGAAUGGCACAAACCAGCGGCUCAAAUGCACCUUCUCCAGCAGCAGCCCAGUCAGCUCCCAGCUCUCCGUGACCUGGAACUUCCAGCCCGAGGACCUGAGCUCCCACGAGCCGGUGUUUUACUACCUGAAGGAGCCCUACAAGCCGCCCUCGGGGCGGUUCAAGGACCGGGUCACCUGGGAUGGGAAUGUGGAGCGUAAGGACGUUUCCAUCAUCAUCUGGAACCUGCAGCCCACCGACAACGGCACCUUCACCUGCCAGGUGACCAACUGGCCAGAUGUUUAUGGCUCCAUCGGGGAAGUGCGACUCCGGGUCGUGCAGAAAGUGAGUUUCUCAGAAAUCCAUUUCCUGGCCGUGGCCGUCGGAUCUGCUUCUGUCCUGAUGAUCGUCGUGGUGUUAGCUGUGAUUAUCUGUCGACAGCGACGCCAGAAAGCGCAGGAGAAGAGGACUGGGGCGUCAGACACUGAACUUAAAGAAAAGGAGAGCCUGAAGAUGAGAGAAGAAAAGGAACCCAGUCCAUUAGAAGACUAAAGGUCUAAUUGGUGUAUACAAUGCAGGUACUUCCAAAGCAGAUGGUGAAAGCUUGUAAUUUGGGCUGUUAGAACAAAGGCGAAUUACAGACGCCCCACGCUGUGAGUGUGGUACCUCUGCUCGACCUGAAAGUCUGGCAAGGAAAGAGGGUGACACUGCACGAGUUGUGAAUUCCCUUCAGCAAAGCAAAGCAGGAGGAACUUGCCCCACGAACGAGGAACUUCACCUUCACACCCGCGGAAUGUGAAGAAAGUUGCUCUGGAGAUGAAAAAAAUGCCAAAAGAUUUGAACAAAGCACCAAGAUGUCUGACUGAGCGAGGAUUUGGAAGUGUUUGAGCAGAUGCACUCUUGCACCUUAAAAAUCACAACGUGCCUUUGUGUUGCCCUGUUUUUCCUCCCCUGAGAUCCUCCCUGGCAUCACGAAAACAGAGACUGACCAGAGAGAGAGCAGAGGAGCAGCCAGUUGCUUCAACAAGUGUACUUUAAAUCUCUUUUUUACUUUAAAUGGACUGUGUUAGAGCUGGGCAGUGUGUGCUGUUUGUUAUUAGGGUAACAUUCACCAGUCAGUGUGGUUUCCACAUCCAUCUCUUGCAGCUUUGGGGGGUUUUGUAACUCUGGGGGGGUUGAGGUCACUGCCUUCUGUGGCUCCCCUCCUUUUCCUUCUCCCACUCCCAGCACUGCCCCGUGUUCCCUUUGGCUCCAGCCCCCUCACCCUUUCUCUCUAAGCCAGGAUGCUUCUUUCCCCCACUCAGCAGCCUUACACCCACUGUCAUAGGCACCCCAGAAUUUUGUCUAGCAGUGUCUCUGAGCUCAGAGACAUCCCUG